UUUUUUGAACCACUGCAGUACUCUGCUGGUCAAUUUUUACCGAUAGCAGCGGCUACUAUGGCUGCUGUAGAGCCAGGUGCAGCCGCAUCCGCUACAUACGCGGUUGCAUAGGCGACCCUCGACCGUCGCCUGGGCAACACGAUAUCUUGGCACGAUAACGCAUGCCAAGAGGUGAGUGAUCGUCCUGGAAGGCAUCGUUGGAAAAAAGAAUGCAGCAGCACGGAGAAUCGUCACACAAAACCUUGUACCUGGUUUUAUUCUACCUGCGCAUUCUUCGCUAUGCCUUGCAAGGCCACUAUAAAACAGCGCUCUUGCAACCACAGACCACCACUUCUCCCAUCUUUCUUCAUACCAUCGAUAACUAGUCUUUUAAUUAUGAGCAGCCAAGCAUAUAGUAUUUUCAAACGCAAGGGGUCAAAGGGCUGGCACGUCUUUGACGGCCACGUGGACACCGUGGCGCAAGCUCGGAUGUACGGCCAGCUCCGCUACACACUGGGCUCGGAGCCCACCAAGAUCACGCUCUCCACCGCCAUAGCAGACUUUGAUGACGACGAGCGCACCGUGUUUAACACCACCACCAUUCCUCUACCAUCGACCGGCCAAGAGCUUCUGGUAGCUAACUCUGAUGCAUUCGUCACCAGCUUUGCUAUCAUCCAUGGGCCAAACACACGGAUUGAAGCAAAUGAGCGCGCCAAGGGCAUGGGCUGGAAGUUCACUGAUGCAUCAGACACAAAGUACAAGUGGGCGGUCGAUAUGUUCACAAUGAAGUGGGAGUUGCAAAACAGCAGAGGCACUGUGGCGACUUUCAGCGCUGGGUCUUUGAUACUCAAGGGGUUGGGCAUUUAUCAGUAGAGCCAGGUGUUGAUCGGGAGAUGAUCGAGGUUGUUUUGAUCACAUGGGGUUUAGUGGCCAGGAGUGUUAUGUAUCGUGAGGUGAUGGAGAAGUUGAAAAAUUCUACGUUUGAUGGCGAUAUUCCAGGUAUUAACGCCCAAUAAUUCAGAAUUAAUAGCCGCCACCACCAUCUGAACUAAUGGUUUUUAGACACUCCUCCGCCAACCAGUGUCAUAGAGUGCCUAUUCAAAUCGGUUUGAC